CACACACACACACACACACACACACACACACACACACAUCCCCUAUGUUCUCUGCACAGCUGGUCAAUACCGCAGUUCUGCUCUUACCUGCUGAAGCACUCAUUAAGCUUUCAGGUCACUAUGCCCCCCCAUCAUAAUUAUGUGAAACCGCUGAUGUCAAGUAAAAAUCCCAUCUAGACCUGGGUUGGUUCUUUGCAGGAUGUUUCCAUUUCAGGGCUCCUGAUGGUAAUAAAUCUCAAGGGUCUAACCUGGGUUAACGCACGUAGAUGUUAUAGUUCUGGGCUGCUCUCCUCCCCGACACCGCGCUAUGAGUUCGGUAUUGAAUCAGGCGCACAAUCCCGCAUCAUCUUUACCCAGAAGACAUUGCGGUCCUUAUACCAAGCUGCAGCCGCCCUUCUCAAUCGGCGAUCCGGCUCGCUUUCUCACUGAGCAAAAGCGGCUUCCCAGGUUUUAAUUCUUCUGUUUUAAACAGGCUAGCGGAUGCACAGAGAUAAAAAAGAGUCACAUUAACAUAUAAAUCACAUCCCUGUGGUGAUGUUAGGCCAUCGUUGGGUGGAAAAGCACUCUACGGGGGUGGGGCUUUUUUUCUACAGUGCAGGAUGCGGAAUUCACCAGAACAAUCCAUCAUCCCGGGUGGGUGCCGGCGGACGUGCGUGGGGCUGAGCGGGAGGGAGAGGCAUCUGUGAACAGCGGCUCCUCAUUUCUCCUUUUGGCAUUACUGGAAUUGGGGCAGAACUGGGGCUGAGAAUUGCUGACCCGUGUGUCCCUUACAGUGAUGCAGCGCAGGCUGGGACUGGACAGCGAGAUAGGUGUGUGGGAGAGAGACGGGGAGAGGAGCGCCAUAAGCGAGUUCAGCUUAGCACGCCUUCCCGGAGUUUCUGACUCUCCAUGAUGUAGGGAAGCGAUCGCCAGGUCCUGCUCUUAUUCUCACUCCUGCCUUAUAUGUUUCUCUCCCGAUUUUUACACUAAUCUUUUUGUUUCUUAUAUUUCAUGUAAAAUUGCCAUCUCCCUCAUUGCCAACGAGACCGCCAGAUAAUGUAUUGUACUGGAUGUUUUGUAAAAGACCGUAACAUAUACAAAGGGAUUUGCUGGAGUUUUUUUUCUGUUCACUGUUUAAAAUGAGAAAAUUGCUUUGAAGCGUGUUAAAGAGUGAUUUGCCGAUGUAUUCCAACGCAUAUUAAACUAUUAAGGGACGCUUUUUGCGUGCGCCAUUAACUGAUUUAAUGUGUUUACCAGCGGUAUACAUAACACUGAUAUGCUCGUCUUUAUGAUUAAAGGAGAUGUCGGUUUUCAUCAGUUUUCCUUCGGGUUUAUGGUGCUGAAAAUGAAGUGCACAGUGCGGUACCAUGGCAGGUGGGGUCCCGGCGGACACAGCCGUUGAUCGGACAGACGCCCCUGGGGUGCAAUGCACAUGUCCAGUGUUACACCUACACAGGUCCACCUGCCACAUGGGCUUGCAUGCUGCUGGUGCAUUUUGUCGCAUUUUCAGUUUCCAAGUGCUUUAUAGUGAAUGUCUGGUAGGUGUUUCUUUAAGCAAAACCAUAACGUAUAAACGCAAACAUGUAUCCUGGGGUUUUCGGAAUGCAGACCACAACUGUCACGGUCGAAACCAGCGCUUCUGUUUGACCUUCACGCAGCGGUAAUACAGCCUCUGAGGAUUAUCCGAUCCGCGGCGCAUUAACGUCUGAUACCGUGAAUGCGGAACAAAUCGGACAUACAAACUACAUUACAUCCCUCUUCCUCCUUCAAAGACCGCUAUGAAAUAAAAUAAAACUAGCCCACCUCCCGGGCAGAAAUCCCAGAAUCCUCAGCGCGGUUGCCGGGGCGAUGGGGAACGACGCCGGAGCGCCGAAGCUGGAGCCUUGACGGCAGAGCUUGACGGUUUAAGGAGAUGUCCCAUACCCAGUCGGCGUCGGUGUGUGCCCCGCAACCCGUGGUCACUGAUCCUCGGCCGGCUCCGGAGCUCACGGCCGGAGGUGCGAGGCCACAGGACGUAGUGGUGGCGCCUCCCGCGUCCGGCCGAGAGGACGAGGAGGAUGGAAAGAUGAAGGGUGAUGGAGAAUUAAGAGAAGAUGAAAUCGGAGACCACCUGUCCGACCUGGGGACCGUGACGGGAGCGGAGCACGUGUACCGGUCCCUGUCCAUAACACAGGGCCUGAGUCCCAAAGGAAAAUCUGCCCUCUGCUCAUACAUUUACCUCCAGAACCUGGAAGUGCCGUUCAGCAAGAUCAAAGAUCUGUCCUGCGUCAGCUUCAUGCCGCACCUCAUCACGCUGGACGCCUCUCACAAUGACAUCACCGACUUCUUUGGAUUCCAGCCGCCGCGGAACCUCAAGGAAGUCAACUUGUCCCACAACCACAUGUCUGAGAUGAAAGACCUGUCAGCAUAUCCAUCGCUCCGGAGACUGAACCUGGACUACAAUUAUUUCCGCGAGAUCCGAGGUCUCCAGCGCUGUGUGAGUCUCACACACCUCAGCCUUGCCCAUAACAGGCUGUACAGCACUCGAGGUCUUAACAGCUUAGCCCUCAGAGUCGUCUCUUUGAAGGCCAAUCAGAUCCAGACAGUCGAGAACAUGGACUGCCUCCGGGCUCUGCAGACACUGGACCUGUCCUACAACAGGAUCCAGUCACUCUCUGGCCUCCAGAAUCUGGACUAUCUGGGAGUGGUCAACCUGGAGGGGAACCUGGUGCGUGAAAUUAAGGAGGCCUGUCACCUUCACGACCUGCCCUUACUGCGGGUGCUCAAUCUACAGGAGAACCCGGUGCAGGAUCAGCCCUAUUACCGCCUGGCCGUCACCUUCCUUCUGCAGAGGCUAACCACCUUGGACCAAAAGGAGGUGACUGUGGAGGAGAAGGUUUCUGCCAUGGACAAGUUUGACCCCCCCGCUGAGGUGGUUGCAGCCAAGGAUCACAUGGUGCACCUGAUGUACCACCUGAUGCAGCCGCAGAUUCUGCUUAACAGCACGCUGCCUGGGCUGGACACCCCCUACCCCAUGCUGGUGCUCACGGGACCCCAGGCCUGUGGCAAGCGGGAACUGGCUCACAAGCUCUGCCAGCACUUUGCUGCCUAUGGGACCUGCCACACCACCAGGAGCCCAUAUUUUGGGGAGGUCGAUGGCUGUGAUUAUCACUUUGUAUCUGAGGAGGAGUUCCAGCGCAUGACUCACAUGGGAAAGUUCAUGGAGACGAUCCGAUACAGGGAGCACCACUACGGUCUGUCGCGGGAUGCCAUCGAGGCAGCAGCCCGGGACGGCCUUGCCUGCUGUGUGCACAUGGAGCUGGAGGGGGUGCGCAGCCUGAAGAUGAGCCACCUAGAGCCUCGCUACGUGCUGCUUGUGCCCACAGACCUUGAGGCCUAUGCCAGCCGCCUACGUCAGCGUGGCCUUUACAGCCACGCCCAGGUGCAGGCCGCCGUGGCACGUGUUGCUCUCUACGUCACUGUCAACAGGGGGCAGCCUGGCUAUUUUGACAACAUCAUCCCCUGCGAUGACCUCCAGGAGGCGUACACGAUGCUUAGUCAGGUGGUGCGGGAUUAUCUGGGCUUGGAUGAGCAGAUGGCAGGAAAAUCCACGCCUGCCACCAGUGUGGGUGACUCGCCGGCAGCUGAGAAAGAAAGGGACCGCGAUAGCAGAGUCCACUGCAACAAAGUCGAGGCCAGGAUGGUGCCACAGACGACCUCCACCGAAACGUCCGCCCUGCAGAGGCGCAUGCAGUUAGCGAGGGAGGCCGUUGCGGGCCAGAGUGCACCCGCUUACACCCAGCUCUUCUGCAGGUCCUCUGUCACAGCCCCAGGGGGGGGCAGAGCUGUCAGCCCUUACCAGCAGGAACGCAGGGAGAACAGCUCCCCGGAAUCCCGCCCCAGCUCUGGCCUGUCCACGCUCUCCUUGGCCCGGGCCUCUCUGGAGGACGUGUGUAGCGGGCUGGAGCCCCCAGGCGGCCUGGGGUUGGACACAGAGCAGCCAGCAGACCCCAGCACCACCCCAGACAGGGGCCAGCUGGCAUCCCGAGGCUCUUCAUCCCGGCCCGGGGCUGAUGCCAAACCCAUCCUGCCCCCCAUCCCAUCAGGACGCAGGACCUCAGAGCGCCCGGCGUCAGAGCCGUUAGCAGGCUGGGGGGGGGUUGAAUAGCAUGUAUUGUGUGUAAUGUUACUCAGCCAUAGUACACUGUAGGACUGUCUUACCUUCCCCUGCCAUGAAAUGGUAAAUGUAUGACACUUAUAAUGUAUAGUAAUAAACAGUAAUAGAACAUCA